UGUGCUAGAUUUACAGCCUCUUUAUGCUGCUGAAGUCUGAUUUGUACAAUUACUGUGAAUUACUCUCAGUUGGUGACUGAACUGACACAAUCCAGUCUAUGUAUGUGAGGUGUAUUAAGAAGAAUUUACAAUGUAGACGCAUUGUGUUGUGGCUGCUCAUCCAUCAGGACUGCUCUAACAGGGAGAAGAACAAUGAGAAUGAUAGCCGUGCCGAAUCCCUUACAUACCAAACACCAAGGGUGCCCAACACUGAGGGAAAAUAUGAAAAAGGUGUCUGCUGGGGAAUGGCACAAGUAAAGGAAUGGAUGAUGAAAAUGUGUCACUUGCAGGAGGAUUACAUGCCCCUGCAGAAUAGUUUACAGUGCCUUGGAAGGACCCUAGCAACCAGAAUCUACAGUCUACAAUUCCGUCCGGUGAAAAGCACCACGAGUCUCAGAACGGAAACAAGGCUCUCAAGGGGUAUACAUCACUUUCACACCAUAGCCAUCUGUCUGUGUAACAACAUCUGCACAAGCUCAGUAAAGGCUGUUAUCCGUAACCCGACGUCGGGGGCACCCUGCAGCCAAUUUUUGGACUCAGCGGUAGUUGGCACAAGACCACCGUAUCCAGUCACUGGCUGCAGGGAUGUCAACAAAGGCAGACGGGAGGACCAGAGCGGCAAAAAGGAUAAAACAAAAGCCAUAGAAAUCUCUUUACAUGAAGAGGCUGUUAACAUCGAGCAGGAAGAAUGCAUUAAGAUAGCUUGA